AUGGUUUGGCUUUCAACAAAGAUAUCGCAAAUUGGCCAAACUUCUUUAACCACAACUGUUGAAUCAUUGCGACUAGUCUACGAAUUCUUAAUCGGAGAACCCCCACAAAGAUGGUUAUCUGCAACGACCCUAAGUACCUGGCAUAAAGAAGUCCCACAAAUUGAGACUGAAGCCAGAAUAUAUAAGGCUUCACAAUGUUCAUA